AUGACCGUGUUACUCCCCACAAUCCGUCCUAUUCAACCACCUAAGGGCUCCGACAUCGAUUUCGGAGCUCAGAUUGAGGGUAUAAACCUGGAGAAUUUGACUGAUGAGCAAUUUGCCAUAAUUCGAGACACCUUAUACAAGAAUCAUGUCGUUGUCUUCAAGAACCAGGAAAAGCUGUCUCCUAAAGCACAGUAUGAGCUCACGAAACGAUUUGACCCUGUAUCCGACAACUAUGGCCACGGCAAAACGAUCGAUGCGAAACGCAGCAUUCUCCACCCGGAUCUGAAGACAAUACCACAUCAACCGCAAGUUCAAGUCAUUGGAAACGGAUUUGUACCUUCAUAUGAAGGGCUAGAGAACAUCCAAUUAAGACAUCCCCACCACCGAACCUUUCACAAGGAUCAUAUCCCCGACGACAAGGAUUACGACUUCACCCGUUUCUACCGAUGGCAUAUUGAUGCAGCACUUUAUGACUUGUAUCCGCCACAGGUUACCACUCUACUGGCCGUGGCUGUUCCCAAAGGCCGUCGUCAAACAUUGUUGUAUGAUGAUGGAACAGGAGAGACACUAGACGUCCCACUUGGCACCACUGCUUUUGUCAGUGGUCAGAGAAUGUAUGAAUUGCUGUCUCCAGAAGACCAGGAAUUUGUGCGAACAAGCAAGAUGGAAUAUGCGCCUCACCCAUACAUCUGGAUGAGCCCAGCUCAUUCUCGAUCAACUGGACUGGGGCUACACUCAGAAGGCCUGGAAUUACCAGCUUCAGAUCUCCCACCUAUUGACGAAAAGAAAAUUAUGAUCUUUCCAAUGGUUUGGAAGAACCCAGUAACUGGGAAGCUGGCUUUGCAAAUCCACCCAUCUGCAGUUCGCAGAAUCCAUCUUGCGGAUGGCACGACUAUUGAUGACUUGGAAAGUGUACGUGAGAUUGUUUAUAAGCUACAGAGACCUGCUAUUAGUCCCCAGUUUGUAUACCCACAUGACUGGGAAGAGGGUGACUUGGUUUUAUUCAAUAACCGAGGAGUUAUCCACUCGGUGGUUGGUGCAUUCAAGCCGGAUGAGGUGCGGAUUUUCCGACAGUGUAACUUGGCUGCUUCGGAACCACCAGUCGAAGCUUGA